UUGUUGUUAGCAUUCUGCUACUGGCACAAAACACAACUCUCUCUCUCUUUCCUCACUCUUUUCUCUAGGCUUACAAAACCCUAAUGUCAUUAUCUUUUAUUAUUUGAGAAUAAACCCUCCGCAAAACACCUCUGCCACUGGAGCAUUGUUUUGAUCACUGUUAUCUCUAGUUCAAUCUGUCUUCUUUUUGUUUUUAAACAUAAUUGUAGCGAUCGAGGUGUAUUUUAUGGUGAUGGCGGAGAGUGAGGGAGGGGAUGAUCAAAAGGAGGUGAAUAGUGGCGUUAAAUCUCCCUGGAAGACUCCGUUAGUGGCCGAUGGCCCAGUGAUGAGCGCCGAGUCUUGGCCUGCUCUUAGUGACGCUCAGCAAUUGCCACGCUCCAAGAGUGCGGACUCUGCUACCAAGCCCACGGUCCCUCCCGCUCCACCUUCUAUGAACCAGGAAUCAGCUGGGCAACAGAAAUCACAUGGUUAUGGAAACCCUAAUUCCUCACAUAAGUAUUCAUCAUCCAGACAUCAAAGAUCAGGCUCUAAGCGCAACCCAAAUGGUGCACCUCCUUUCCCUGUACCGUUUCCAUAUCAGCAACCAGCCCUUCCACCUGUCUUUCAUGCUAUGGUACCUCCACCACACAUUACUGUUCCUGGAUAUGCUUACCAGCCUGGCCCUGCACCUUUUCCAAGUGUCGAAGCUCAUCUGGUAAAGUCUGUAUCUGAUUCUUCUACUGUUCAAUCUUUUGCACAACCUGUGAAUGUUCAGCCUCCACCAAGAGGGGAUCCCAAUGCUUAUGCUGUCAAUUUUUCAAGAAGACCCAGUGUGCAAGAACCUGGUAGCCAUCUGAAUCAUGCAUGGCAUCAUAGAUCAUUUAGUCCCAGAGAUAACAUUGCUUUCCAACAGGGUAUGGGAUCAAGGCCUCUGGUCAGGCCUCCUUACUUUACUACUGCUCCUGGCUUCAUGGUUGGUCCAACCUUUCCUGGACCACCUAUAUGCUAUUUUCCUGUUGCACCUCCAGGCUCUUUCAGAGGAGGCCACCCGGCAGUUUUUAUGCCAUAUCCCACAAGUCCAGGGGCUCCAAUACCCCCCCAAGAAUCAAGCUUGAGGGAUGACAUAAUUAGACAGAUAGAGUAUUAUUUCAGUGAUGAAAAUCUGAGGACUGACCAUUUUCUAAUAUCCUUGAUGGAUGACCAAGGAUGGGUUCCCAUUUCCGCCAUUGCUAAAUUUAAAAGGGUUAAGAAAAUGACUACCGAUGUAGUAAUUAUCCUAGAUGCUCUACAAAGUUCAAGUACAAUAGAAGUGCAGGGUGACAAAAUUAGGAGGCGUGAUGAGUGGUCAAAGUGGAUUGCAGCUUCCAUAGAACAUACAUUGCCAUCACAAACUCAGACUUCUGAGUCCCAACCUGUAGAGCCUGCAAAUGAAGGAAAUGCAAGGGCUACACCUGAAGAAAAUGGUUCUUCAUCAAUUAAUGCAGGUCUUGUGAAGAACAAUUUGCCAAAUGGGGAUGCUUCAGAAAUAAUUAAUACUGGUAAAAUGGAAGGUUCCAGUGCAUCUGUUCUGCUUAAUGCUGGAAAGCAGGCAAUGAGUGAUGUGAACAGGGAUACAAGUGGAGAGUGUGUCACUGACUUGAACAAUAUGACUUCGAUCAAUGUUGGUGAACUGGCUAAUGAUUUUGCGAACACAUUUAUGCUUGAUGAAGAGUUGGAGCUUGAGCAUAAAAUACAGAAGAAUGAUAGCGUUUCUUCAAUUAGAAGGAUCGAUGAUGAAGAAGAUGAGAUGCUGGUGAACGAUCCGGAUGUUCAAAGACUGGUGAUUGUCACCCAGAAUAGCAGAGCAGGUGAAGGAAUCAAAACUGGUAGUAAAGAAUCAAAAUCCAUUUCCAAAGAGCAAGCUUUUGCAAUUAAUGAUGGCCUCUAUUUCUAUGAGCAGGAGCUUAAAACUAAGCGAUGUAAUCGCAGAAAGAGUAGUUCUGGUGUUGAAAAUAGAGAUGGGAACUUGAGGUUUACCAACAGCGCCCUGGGAAUGUCAAAUUCAAAGGUUGGUGAAAGCUCCAUAGGAAGUGGUGGCCAGGAGGAGUCUGGAAGCUCUAAUAAUUUAAGGAGACAGAAUAAAAGUUUCUCCAAGCCGCAGUCAUCCCAUAAGCAACGAUUUUUCUCCUGCAACUUUAGGAAUCAUGGAACUGGUCGUAAUUCAUUUGGGAUCAUAUCAGAAAGUCCACCAAGUAACUCAGUGGGAUUUUUCUUCAGUUCCACACCUCCUGAAACUCAUAACCCGAGGUCCUCUAAGUUAAGUGCUUCUCCACAUAGCACUCUCUCAGGCAGUAGUCCACCUGUGGGUUCAAUGCCAAAGUCAUUUCCAUUAUUCCAGCAUCCAAGCCAUCAACUUUUAGAAGAAAAUGGCUUUAAACAGCAAAAGUACCUGAAAUUUCACAAGCGCUGCCUGAGUGAUAGAAAGAAAAUGGGAAUUGGUUGCAGUGAGGAAAUGAAUACACUUUAUAGGUUUUGGUCAUAUUUUCUUAGAGAUAUGUUUGUUCCUUCCAUGUAUAAUGAGUUUCUGAAAUUUGCUAUGGAAGAUGCUGCAGCUAAUUAUAAUUAUGGCGUAGAGUGCCUCUUCAGGUUCUAUAGUUAUGGUUUGGAGAGUAAAUUCAGAGAGGACUUAUAUAAAGAUUUUGAAGAGCUCACUCUUGAGUUUUAUCGGAAAGGCAACAUUUAUGGCCUUGAGAAAUAUUGGGCAUUCCACCAUUAUCGCGGGUUGCGUGACCACAAAGAACCACUAAAGAAACAUCCAGAGUUGGAUAGGUUGCUCAGGGAGGAGUACUGUAGCUUGGAGGACUUUCGUGCCAAAGAGAAGUGCGUUAAAGAGGGAAGUCAUUAGCUGGCGACCAUGGUUGUGACACGCUCCCAAUUUUGAAAAAUCAAUUCUGGUAAGAGCAGGGAGUGUGACCUGGCUUUUGUUUUGCUGGAGAGGAAAAUUUGGUUUUUGUAUAUUGUAUUGUGGGGAAAUUGUCGCUUGGCACCUGUAAGGGCUGCUGCUGACUAACAAGGUUUGUUUUGUUUUUACCGCUCACCAUUUCGGCCCUUCCUUUGCCUUCUCUUCAUGAGGUUCUGGCUCCCAGGUGUGAACUUUUUAAAGGAUUGGCUGCAACUGCAAGCUAGGUGCCUGCUUGUUCACUGUCACUGGAAUUUCCCUGUGCUGUAACUUGUACAUAGCCCCCCCCCCCCCCCCCCCCCCCCCCCCCCCCCCCCCCAAAAAAAAAAAACAAAACAAAAAGAAAAAAGGCAAAAUAAGGAAAAAAAAAAAAAAAGAAAAACAAAAGGAGGAAUUUUAUUGUAGUGACCUUGUGAAAAUUGAAUAAAUAGAGUUUCAAAUUUUUUUUUUUUUU